UUGUUUUAGUUCCAAAUCAAGAAAACAAUAACUCAUCUUGCCUUUGGUUGCCAUGGCAAGGCUCAUGAAAGCACAGCCAUGGGCUGUGAUGGCUGCAAUGGUUAUUUUGGCAGCUUUGAGAGUUAAUGGUGAUGAGACAUAUUCGCCGCCUUACGAGUACAAGUCCCCGCCUCCACCAUAUGUUUACAAAUCACCUCCUCCGCCUCCUUACAAGUAUGAGUCACCACCGCCCCCUCCUUAUAAGUAUGAAUCGCCACCACCCCCUCCUUAUAAGUAUGAGUCACCACCGCCUCCGCCUUACAAGUAUAAGUCACCACCACCUCCACCAUACAAGUAUGAGUCACCACCGCCCCCUCCUUACAAGUAUGAGUCACCACCUCCGCCUCCUUACAAAUAUAAGUCACCACCACCGCCUCCUUACAAGUACGAAUCACCACCGCCUCCUCCCUACAAGUAUGAGUCACCACCGCCUCCACCAUACAAGUAUGAGUCACCACCACCACCUCCUUACAAAUAUAAGUCACCACCACCUCCACCAUACAAGUAUGAAUCACCACCGCCUCCUCCUUACAAGUAUGAGUCACCACCGCCUCCUCCCUACAAGUAUGAGUCACCACCACCACCUCCUUACAAAUAUAAGUCACCACCACCUCCACCAUACAAGUAUGAAUCACCACCGCCUCCUCCUUACAAGUAUGAGUCACCACCGCCUCCUCCCUACAAGUAUGAGUCACCACCACCACCUCCUUACAAAUAUAAGUCACCACCACCUCCACCAUACAAGUAUGAAUCACCACCGCCUCCUCCUUACAAGUAUGAGUCACCACCGCCUCCUCCCUACAAGUAUGAGUCACCACCACCACCUCCUUACAAAUAUAAGUCACCACCACCUCCACCAUACAAGUAUGAAUCACCACCGCCUCCUCCUUACAAGUAUGAGUCACCACCGCCUCCUCCCUACAAGUAUGAGUCACCACCACCACCUCCUUACAAAUAUAAGUCACCACCACCUCCACCAUACAAGUAUGAAUCACCACCGCCUCCUCCUUACAAGUAUGAGUCACCACCGCCUCCUCCCUACAAGUAUGAGUCACCACCACCACCUCCUUACAAAUAUAAGUCACCACCACCUCCACCAUACAAGUAUGAAUCACCACCGCCUCCUCCUUACAAGUAUGAGUCACCACCGCCUCCACCAUACAAGUAUGAGUCACCACCACCACCUCCUUACAAAUAUAAGUCACCACCACCUCCACCAUACAAGUAUGAAUCACCACCGCCUCCUCCUUACAAGUAUGAGUCACCACCGCCUCCACCAUACAAGUAUGAGUCACCACCACCACCUCCUUACAAAUAUAAGUCACCACCACCUCCACCAUACAAGUAUGAAUCACCACCGCCUCCUCCUUACAAGUAUGAGUCACCACCGCCUCCUCCAUACAAGUAUGAGUCACCACCGCCACCUCCUUACAAAUAUAAGUCACCACCCCCUCCACCAUACAAGUAUGAAUCACCACCCCCUCCACCAUACAAGUAUGAGUCACCACCGCCACCUCCUUACAAAUAUAAGUCACCACCCCCUCCACCAUACAAGUAUGAAUCACCACCGCCACCUCCUUACAAGUAUGAGUCACCACCACCUCCACCAUACAAGUAUGAGUCACCACCACCACCACCUUACAAGUAUAAAUCACCACCACCCCCUCCUUACAAGUAUGAAUCACCACCCCCUCCACCAUACAAGUAUGAGUCACCACCACCUCCCCCAUACAAGUACGAGUCACCUCCACCUCCACCUUACAAGUAUGAGUCACCGCCACCACCCCCUUACAAGUAUGAGUCGCCACCGCCACCACCUUACAAAUAUGAGUCACCACCUCCACCCCCUUACCUCUACAAGUCACCACCACCUCCACCUUACAAAUAUGAGUCACCACCACCACCUCCUUACAAGUAUGAAUCACCUCCACCUCCUCCUUACGUCUAUAAAUCACCUCCACCUCCUCCUUACGUCUAUAAAUCACCACCGCCACCUCCUUACAAGUACGAGUCACCACCACCUCCUCCUUAUGUCUACAAGUCACCCCCUCCCCCACCUUACAAGUAUGAAUCACCACCACCCCCACUUUACGUUUACAAAUCACCACCUCCACCUCCUUACAAGUACGAGUCACCACCACCUCCAACAUACUACAAGUAGACCAUCACACAUCACCUCAAAGCAAUGCACCAUUUCUUGUUUGUGUAAGCCAACAUCUUGGACCUCUCACACCUGAAGAACUCGCAUUCGUGCGACCAUGCGAGGACGAAGAUGGACGAAUAAGUUAGAAUUAGAUGUUUUAUAUUGUGAUUUCAAUCUUCAUAAAUAAUUCCUCAUUUCAAUUAUUGUACUUUAAUUUGGAUGUCUGUUAAAAUAAGAUGCUUCUCUUAAUGGUGCUUCAUACAUAGAGCGAAAUGAACCUAUUUUGGUCUGUUGGAACAAUCUUGGGAGAAUUAAUUUGAUUAAUUAGUUCCUUGUUAUAGGGGUUACUUUGUUCUUCAUUGCUUCUGAUUAUGUUGUAAUAAAUUGUUUUACAUGGUACGACAUUUAUGGUACAUGCAUUGUCUGAA